GGCGGAACGGCUCAGGUGACGGGUUCAGGCUAGGAGCGGUGGCCGUUGCGGCCCUGUCCGGUCUCUCUCUUGGAGGACCCGCCUUGGCACGGGCCGGGCUCGGUCGGGCCUUGCGCUGAUUAAAAAUGACAGCAAUCAAGCAUGCAUUACAGAGAGACAUUUUUACACCAAAUGAUGAACGCCUGCUGAGUAUUGUCAAUGUCUGCAAAGCAGGAAAAAAGAAAAAGAACUGCUUUUUGUGUGCCACAGUGACAACUGAACGCCCUGUGCAGGUGAAGAUGGUCAAAGUCAAGAAAUCUGAUAAAGGAGAUUUCUACAAAAGGCAGAUUGCUUGGGCCCUUCGAGACCUUGCUGUGGUAGAUGCCAAGGAUGCUAUUAAAGAAAAUCCUGAAUUUGAUUUACAUUUUGAAAAAAUAUAUAAGUGGGUUGCCAGCAGCACUGCUGAAAAGAAUGCAUUUAUUUCAUGCAUUUGGAAAUUAAAUCAGCGAUAUCUCCGGAAGAAAAUCGAUUUUGUCAAUGUUAGCUCACAGCUCUUGGAAGAACUGCCUAAAGUUACAGAAGAGUCUGUUCCAAGUGGAGAAAAUCAGAGUGUGACAGGAGGUGAUGAAGAGGUAGUAGAUGUAUACCAAGAGUUAAAUGCAAGAGAAGAGCAGGAUAUUGAAAUAAUGAUGGAAGGCUGUGAAUGUGCAAUCUCUAAUGCUGAGGCCUUUGCAGAAAGGUUGUCCAGAGAGCUGCAGGUGCUGGAUGGGGCCAACAUCCAAUCAAUCAUGGCCUCUGAAAAGCAAGUGAACAUACUGAUGAAGUUGUUGGAUGAGGCUCUAAAGGAGGUAGAUCAGAUUGAGUUGAAACUGAGCAGCUACGAGGAAAUGCUCCAAAGUGUGAAAGAACAAAUGGAUCAGAUCUCAGAAAGCAACCACCUAAUUCAUCUGAGUAACACUAAUAAUGUAAAGCUCCUGUCUGAAAUAGAGUUUCUUGUGAACCAUAUGGACUUGGCCAAAGGUCAUAUAAAGGCCCUUCAAGAAGGAGAUCUCUCCUCUUCUAGAGGCAUUGAGGCCUGCACCAAUGCUGCUGAUGCCCUUUUGCAGUGCAUGAAUGUAGCUCUUCGUCCAGGUCACGACAUGCUCCAGGCAGUCAAACAGCAGCAGCAGCGUUUCAGUGAUUUGCGCGAGCAGUUUGCCCGGAGACUGGCCAGUCACCUCAACAAUGUUUUUGUUCAACAGGGUCACGAUCAGAGUUCAACUCUUGCUCAGCACUCUGUGGAACUGGCUUUGCCCAACCAUCAUCCAUUUCACAGAGACUUGCUUCGAUAUGCCAAGCUGAUGGAGUGGCUAAAGAAUACAGAUUAUGGAAAAUAUGAGGGACUUACAAAGAAUUACAUGGAUUAUUUAUCACGACUAUAUGAGAGAGAAAUUAAAGAUUUCUUUGAAGUUGCAAAGAUCAAAAUGACUGGCACAACUAAAGAAAGCAAGAAGUUUGCUACACUGCCUCGAAAAGAAAGUGCUGUCAAACAGGAAACAGAGAGUCUUCAUGGAAGUUCUGGGAAAUUAACUGGAUCUACUUCUAGUCUAAAUAAACUCAGCGUUCAGAGUUCAGGGAAUCGCAGAUCUCAGUCAUCUUCUUUGUUGGAUAUGGGAAACAUGUCUGCCUCUGAUCUCGAUGUUGCCGACAGGACCAAAUUUGAUAAGAUCUUUGAACAGGUACUAAGUGAACUAGAGCCCUUGUGUCUGGCAGAACAGGACUUCAUAAGUAAAUUUUUCAAACUACAGCAACAUCAAAGUAUGCCUGGAACUAUGACUGAAGCAGAGGACCUAGAUGGAGGAACGUUAUCCCGGCAACAUAAUGCUGGCGUGCCACCACCUGUCUCAUCUGAGAAAGAUAUGAUCCGUCAGAUGAUGAUUAAAAUAUUUCGCUGCAUUGAGCCAGAACUGAACAACCUGAUUGCAUUAGGAGACAAAAUUGAUAGCUUUAACUCCCUCUACAUGCUUGUGAAAAUGAGCCAUCAUGUGUGGACCGCACAGAAUGUGGACCCUGCUUCUUUUCUGAGUACUACAUUGGGAAAUGUUUUGGUGACUGUCAAAAGGAACUUUGACAAAUGCAUUAGUAAUCAAAUAAGGCAAAUGGAAGAAGUAAAAAUUUCAAAGAAGAGUAAAGUAGGAAUUCUUCCAUUUGUUGCUGAAUUUGAAGAAUUUGCUGGACUUGCAGAAUCGAUCUUUAAAAAUGCUGAGCGUCGUGGAGAUCUAGAUAAAGCAUACACUAAACUUAUCAGAGGAGUAUUUGUUAAUGUGGAGAAAGUAGCAAAUGAAAGCCAGAAGACCCCCAGAGAUGUAGUUAUGAUGGAAAAUUUUCACCAUAUUUUUGCAACACUUUCUCGUUUGAAAAUCUCAUGUCUAGAAGCUGAAAAAAAAGAAGCCAAACAAAAAUACACAGAUCACCUUCAGUCUUAUGUCAUUUACUCUUUAGGGCAACCUCUUGAAAAACUAAAUCAUUUCUUUGAAGGCGUUGAAGCUCGAGUAGCACAAGGUAUAAGAGAGGAGGAAGUAAGCUAUCAACUUGCAUUUAACAAACAAGAACUUCGUAAAGUCAUUAAAGAGUAUCCUGGAAAGGAAGUGAAAAAAGGUCUAGAUAACCUCUACAAGAAGGUUGAUAAACAUUUAUGUGAAGAGGAAAACUUACUUCAGGUGGUGUGGCACUCUAUGCAAGAUGAAUUUAUACGCCAAUACAAGCACUUUGAAGGUUUGAUAGCUCGCUGUUAUCCUGGAUCUGGUGUUACAAUGGAAUUCACUAUUCAGGACAUUCUAGAUUAUUGUUCCAGCAUUGCACAGUCGCACUAAAAAAGAAGAGAUAAAUGAAA